AUGGGUCCAGACCACUACCCCUCUCGGGGCCAACGACAGCCCUCCCCAGAUUCCCCCGAAAGCGAGGGCUCUGUGGAGGAAUAUCCUUCUUAUGCGCGCCCACCUGACCGGAGAUGGCAACAGCCAAUGCCCCCAGCGUACCCUCCCAGCCAGUCGUCAGGACCGUCCUUUAACCAACCGUACCCGCCACCACCAGGCCACGUCCCAUACCCUCACAACGUUCCCGGCUCGUCGGACCUUAUGAGGAUCGGGGGUGGCCAACCAAACCCCUACGGCACGCCGCCGUAUGGAUACCCGCCUCAAUUUCCACAUGGGUCCCCGUAUCUUCCGGACCAAGGUCAACCGCAUCAACGCCAUGCACCCCGCCAUCCACAGAUGCAUAACCCAAUGCAACCGCCAAUUGGACACGCCAUGGCUCCUCACGCGCCGGGUUCUCCGUUUGGGGGAUAUCCGCACGAGUUGAUGCCCUACGGCCAACCAGGGUAUCACCCUGGGUACUUUGGGGGACCCAUGCAGGGGAUGGUACCUCCCUACUGGCCACACUACCCCCAAAUCGCAACCCCUCCACAUCCAGAACCGAAGUCCCCCCCACCCCCAACACCCGCCCCGGCGCCGGCCCCAACGCCCGUGCCAGUGCCUGAACCGGCCCCGGCACCGCCCCCUCCACCGGCGCCCAACCCGGUCGAUACCGCGAAGGAUGAGCAGAUUGCUCGGCUGGAGAAAUUGAUCCUUGACGACCGCAACGACCGGGAAGCCAAAGAACUGGCCAAGCAGCAGGCCAUCGAGCGCGCGGCUGCCGAAAAGGCCGCGCAAGAUGCCCAGAUGGCGCAUGAUCGCAAGAUCACCCAGGAAGCGGCGGCGCUCGCACGAGCCGAUGCCGAGAAGAAGGCCGCCGAGGAUGCAGCCAAGGCCAAGGAGGAAGCAGAGCAGGCGGCCGCUACCGCCGCCUCGGAGGCCGCGGCUGCAGCCACGGCUGCAGUUCAUGAAGCCCACGCCAAAGCGCAAAAAGAAGCGGAAGAAGCCGCCGCAAAGGCACAGCAAGAGGCAGAUGAAGCCGCCGCUAAAGCGCAAAAGGAAACCGAAGAAGCCGCAGCCAAGGCGCAGAAGGAAGCCGAGGAGGCAGAAGCUAAAGCCAAUGCGCCACCCCCGCCGCCAGAGAAGAAGAAACCUAUCAAAUUCAAAGAUGCUAUUGGGAGAAAGUUCAGCUUUCCGUUUGAGCUCUGUGCGACUUGGCAGGGAAUGGAAGAGCUUAUUCGCCAGGCUUUCCUUCACAUCGAGGUCAUCGGACCUCAUGUGGCAGACGGUCAUUAUGACCUCGUAGGGCCAAAUGGAGAUAUCAUCCUGCCUCAGGUCUGGGAAACGGUCGUCGAGCCUGACUGGGCUAUUACUAUGCACAUGUGGCCAAUUCCCGAAAAGCCCAAGGAAGAGCCGGCGCCGCCACCCCCCGAACCUGAGCCCGAAAAGCCGGCUGAUCCACCGGCCGAGCCGAAGAAGAAGCCAGAUGGGCCCAAAAAACCAAAAGGCGGAGCUCCACAAGCCGGCAGUUUUGCGAUGUGGAUGCUAGGAGGCACCAAUCGACGAGGCGGCAGAGGGGGCCUGAAGGUGGAAAAGAAAACUGAAGCCCCAGCCCCGUGA